CUCUCUCUAGACUUACACUUCCCUUUCUCUCUCUAUACACAUUUCCCUUCGCUUUCCCUUCGCUUUCCGUUGUUGAAAAGGCCCCGAAAUUUCAUUUUGUUUUGCUCUUCAAGCUCCGUCACCGACACGUUACUGUCUUUCUAAGCGCAGUUGAAAUCUCAGAUUCUCGUUGCGCAGCUGAUUCUGGUCUGUUGCUUCGUUUCUCAUGGCUGGGCGUUACGAUAAGAACCCGUUCGACGAAGAUGAAGAAGAAGUUAACCCUUUCUCUGGCCCUGCAGUUAAAGUGAAAGCAUCAGGGCAAUAUGGUGGGGGUGGAUUUUUUACAACAAAUCCGAGAAGUACUGUUCCUAUUGCAAAUUCAAGGCUUUCACCACUUCCACCAGAACCUGUUGAUUUCUACGAUCGUGGUGCCACAGUUGAUAUUCCUCUUGACACAGAAGGACCAAAAUCACAGGAUUUAAGGAAGAAAGAAAAGGAGCUCCAAGCGAAGGAGGCAGAGUUGCGUAGGAGAGAACAGGAGGUAAAGCGAAAAGAAGAUGCUGCUGCGAGAGCUGGAAUUGUCCUGGAGGAGAAAAAUUGGCCCCCAUUUUUCCCAAUUAUUCAUCAUGAUAUUGCAAAUGAUAUACCAAUCCACUUGCAGAGGGUACAGUAUGUCGCAUUUUGUACAUUUUUAGGAUUGACUUUGUGCCUUUUUUGGAAUAUCAUUGCUGUGACAACAGCAUGGAUUAAAGGAGAAGCUGUCAAAAUUUGGUUCCUUGCAAUCAUCUACUUCAUAGCAGGGGUUCCCGGAGGAUAUGUGUUGUGGUAUCGGCCACUUUAUCGUGCUUCCAGGAAUGAAAGUGCGUUGAGGUUUGGUUGGUUUUUCCUUUUUUAUCUGCUACAUAUUGGUUUCUGCAUUUUCGCUGCAGUUGCUCCUCCUAUAGUUUUCAAAGGAAAAUCUCUCACAGGCAUCCUUCCUGCUAUAGAUCUUGUCGGUGGCAAUGCCUUGGUUGGGAUUUUCUACUUUGUUGGAUUCGGAUUAUUUUGUCUUGAAUCAGUGCUGAGUAUCUGGGUUAUGCAGCAAGUAUACAUGUACUUCCGCGGCAGUGGGAAAGCUGCUGAGAUGAAGCGUGAUGCUGCAAGAGGUGCGAUGAGGGCAGCAAUAUGAAGAACCUUGUGUCACUGGAGAAGAAGAUGAGAUGACAAGCUCAUGUGUGCAUUUGUAUUUAUAUAUGCUCUAAGCAACAAAUUGCCACUAGAAAUAUCGAUUGGUUGAGUCCAGUUUUUUUUUUUACACCUUUUCUAAUAACUUGGUUGGUGCGUUGUGUGUUUGACCAGGGCCUUGUAAGGUUUUUGUAUAAAUUUCAUCUUAAUAUACUUUUUAAUUCUCAAUAUGAAGCUUCGCAAA